AUGCCACCAAAAAUCGACCCCAAUGAGAUCAAGAUCAUCUACUUGAGAGCCACUGGUGGUGAAGUCGGUGCUUCUUCAGCCCUUGCUCCCAAGAUCGGUCCAUUAGGUCUCUCCCCCAAGAAAGUGGGUGAAGAUAUUGCCAAGGCCACCGGUGAUUGGAAGGGUCUCCGAGUCACUGUUCAGUUGACUAUCCAAAACCGACAAGCUACCGUAGCCGUCGUUCCUUCUGCAUCUUCCUUAGUCAUCAAGGCUCUCAAGGAGCCUCCUCGUGACCGUAAGAAAGAGAAGAACAUCAAGCACACCGGUAACUUGACCCUCGAUGAAGUUAUCGAAAUUGCUCGAAAGAUGAGAUUCAAAUCUUUGGCUCGAAACUUGGCUGGAACCGUUAAGGAGAUCCUUGGUACUGCUCAAAGUGUUGGUUGCACUGUUGAUGGUCAACCUGCCCACGAUGUUAUUGACAGCAUUAACGAAGGAGAGACUGAGAUCCCUGAAGAAUAG